AUCCUGAUCAAUCCAUCUGGACUUGUUUCUGAUAUCAAGUAUCAUCUCUUCUGUCCAGUGCUUAUAAGUCAUUCCAAUAACAGUUUGUGAUCAAGAUCAUCGUCGACUGCCUGGCAUCUGAAGUUUGGAGAGGAAUUCAUAAUGCUGAUGUCUAUGGUGUCCCAUCUGCUUUGCGCGUGGUUCGCGUUCUUACUGCCAUGCUAUUCUACCUACAAGGCGCUCUCCUCUCCUUUGUCCGGUGACUUCCGGGGCCUUUCAAUGUAUUGGGCUGUAGUUGGAGCCUUUAUUGCGAUCGAGUCGACCAUAGGCACAUUCGUAUCAUGGUUGCCAUUCUAUUGGGAAACACGAACCCUUUUUUUGCUCUAUCUAUCUCUCCCGCAAAUCCAGGGCUCGACCUACAUUUACCAAACCUACCUUGAACCCUUCUGCUCCAAGAAUGAGGCGGAGUUGGAUUCCAGCAUUGCUUCUGCUCAGAACAAUGUCCUUGGUUUCCUUCAGUCGCGCAUUUCUAUGCUCGUUGACCUCUUGUGGACCAUCUUGAAUCAAACUCUAACUAAACAACCUCAAGCUGCGAGGGAGGGUCAACCUGAACAACAGCCUUACUCCUUCGAAUCAGUGAAGGGGCUUUGGACGUCUUAUGGUCCUGCCGUUAUGGGAGGAUUAUCAAAGUCUUUCACGAAACCUAGUUCCUCUUCCGAUGCUACUGCGAAGCAGGCUACGUACGCCAGUGGUGCUGGCGUCAAUCAUGACGAUGGACAGGCCCCUGAGGCACUCUCAGAGUCCACUUAAAAGUUGAUUUUGUUGAGGUAUUUCUAGUCUAUCAAACACGGAUCCUUUUUUAUCUCUUAUCUUAUCAUUCCAACAAGAAUGGGUGGUAUGCGUAUAAGGUAGACAGUGCGUACUAUACAAUGUGCAUCCAAAAUGUCAGGUUCGUGAUUAGUACUGCA